AUGAAGAAUCUUACGCUGCUGUCCCAGAUCCACUUGGCACGGUUUGGAAGACCCGCUGGCAAGGACAUUCACCACAGCGUUGAUCCCGAGACAGGACAUGUCUAUGUCGCCUACUCUAUAGGGCCCUCAGAGGGCGUUCUUAUCAGGAUCUCAGACCUUCAGUCGCCCUUUCCAGAAAUCACAGAGCUCGCCGCCUUUCCACCUGAGAACGAUGUGAAUGUGGAUCGGUGGGGACAGGUUGUGGGCGUCAAGUUUUUGGUGGAUAUUCAGGCCAUCUGUGUUAUUUUUUCCCACGGAGAUGUCGUUCUCUUUCAUAACGAACCAACAGAGUCCAGGGAUACUCUCGAGAUCGUUGGGUCUGUAGACUCGGGAAUCUCCUGCAUGGCUUGGAGUCCUGACGAGGAGUUGAUUGUCAUGGUCACUGGCGAAGGAUCCAUUUUGGAGAUGACCAAAGACUUUGAUGUGAUUGCCGAGAACCCCAUCGAUGUUGAAGAGACCGGAGAAGAUGUCAGUGUCGACGUUGGAUGGGGAAAGAAGGAGACGCAAUUCCAUGGAACAGAAGGAAAGCAAGCGGCGCAGCGCAAAAUCGAUACCUCCGCAUUCACAUAUUCACCCGAUGACGAUGAUAAACACAGGCUAUCAUGGCGUGGCGAUGGAACAUAUUUUUGUUGCUCCUCUAAGGACAAGCGACUUGGGCGCCGUGUGAUCCGCGUAUAUAAUCGCGAGGCGAUUUUGCAAUCAACAAGCGAGUCGGUGGAUAUGCUGGAGCACGGCUUGUCAUGGCGGCCCUCAGGGAAUUUGAUCGCUUCCAGUCAGAGGCUGCCUCACCGUCACGACAUCGUCUUCUUCGAGAGAAAUGGAUUGCGCCACGGAGAGUUCACGUUAAGGGAGCCCAACGAUACUAUUGUCAAAGAGAUGGGAUGGAACUGUGACUCGACAGUCUUGGCUGUCUGGUUACAGCGCUCGAACGGAUCGUGCAUUCAACUCUGGACCAUGAACAACUACAAGUGGUAUCUAAAGCAGGAACUACUGUACAAUGGAGAAGGAUCCGCCGUUGCUAGCUUCCAAUGGGAUGCUGAAGCAGCCCUGGCGCUCCAUGUCGUCACCGAGUCUGGAUCGUAUCAGCGGAGUCAGUACUGUUGGGACACCUAUAUCAACGAGACUCUGAGUCCCGAGAACUUGGGCACGGCUGCGGUUGUGGAUGGUGCCAAUUUAAUGGUUACUCCGUUUAGAGUCAUGAAUGUUCCACCGCCUAUGGCUGCGUUCACAUUGACUAUGCCUUAUGCGAUCCAGCAUGUCUCAUUCUCAACACUACAUCAUGGCGACGAUAUGGCGAUUUUGCUGGCGGAUCAACGGGUGGCAUUCUACGAGAUGGCCGACAAAACUACACGACCGCUUCCUGAGCCGAAAUUAUUAGGAGUGAUUGAAAUGGCAGAGGUGCCAUCAGCUGUUAUUCGACAGAUUGCAUGGGUUCAGCCAGACACGCUUAUCGGCCUUCGGUACGACAGUGACAUCGCGACGGAUUCGAUUGUGGUAGUCAAGCUGGCAUUCGAGAAGGGGAGCAAGGCGCCGAAGAUUGAGAGCAGAACAGACGUCCCAUUGGAAGGCCUAUACCAGCGGCUCUAUUUCAACCAGAACUACGGCGACAUUUUACUUCAGCAAGCCGAUGGUAGCUUGACGAGUUUGGAGAUCGAGGAGGACAAAGAGCCCAGGAUCGGAAAGUGGAUGGAUGUGCAUCGUCUGCCCGAGGGUUGCCUUUGGAUGGGUACCACCAGGAUAGGAACUGGCAAUGUAGAAUACAGAGAAAAGGCCGUCAUUGGACUAGCACGCAACAACCGGCUGUAUGUGAAUGAUCGCCUGAUCUCUUCGGAAACGACCUCGUUUUGUCUGCACAACCACUUCUUGGUCUUCACCACGGCCACGCACUCUGUCAGAUUCUUGCCUCUGGAAACAUCUUUCUUCGAGUUUAAGAUCGUGGAUAACUCCAUGCUCCCAUAUGACGAAUCGAUCCGCAGAGUUGAGAGAGGCUCCAAGAUUGUGCUUGCUCUCCCAUACUCUGUCAAUCUGGUCUUGCAGAUGCCUCGAGGAAAUCUCGAGACAGUCGCACCAAGGGCGAUGGUCUUGUCGGUCACCCGCGAUGCCCUCGACAGGCGCGAUUUCAAGACGGCAUUUGUGACAUGCAGGAAGUAUCGUAUCGACCUCAAUAUCCUGUACGAUCACAACCCCAAAGCGUUCAUGGAAAACGUUGCCGAAUUUGUGAACCAAAUUAAGGAGGUUGAUUACUUGAACUUGUUCCUUUCGUUUUUGAGGAAUGAGGAUGUCACUCAGACACUGUACCCACUCUCAGGCUCCGGUUCGACAAUGAAGCAGCUGCAGCAGCCUUCCCAGGCAUUCGCUCGCUCCAAGGGAGGCAAAGGUGCUUCAAAGGGUGCAUAUAGAGCUGCUGUUCCGCCCGAAAUGGCAGAGAAGGUCAAUCAAAUCUGCGAUGCUGUUCGAAAGGAGCUCAAGACUUUGGACAGGAACACCUAUAUUAACUCGGUGCUGACCACCUACGUCCGCAAAUCGCCACCGGACCUCGAGUCAGCGCUGCUGCUUCUGGCAGAGCUCAAGGAUCAGGAUCAGGCCCUGGCAGAAGAUGCACUCAAGUUCACCAUCUUUUUGGCGGAUGUGAAUCGGUUGUUUGACGUGGCUCUGGGCAUGUACGACUUUACGCUGGUCUUGAUGGUCGCGCAAUGGUCACAGAAGGAUCCUCGCGAGUACCUGCCGUUCCUGAACGAACUUCGUACGCUGGAGAAGUACUACCAGAGAUUUAAAAUUGACGAUCAUCUUAAAAAGUAUCAGACGGCGCUUGAGAACCUGAGCCAGGCCGGCGAGAAGUACUUUGAGGACUGCAUCGCGUACAUCAAACAGCACAAUCUCUUCAAGUUCGCGCUCAAGAUCUUUGCUUCGAAUCCGACCAAACACAAGGCGAUUUUGUUUAUCUAUGGAGACAGUCUGUCUGUCAGCGGCGAUCAUGCUCAGGCUGGUGUUGCUUAUGUCAUGGCUGGGAAUAAGGAAAAGGCACUGGAGGCGUACAACGAGGCAGGACUCUGGCGUGAGGCCGUGGUAUUGGCACAGCAGCUAAAAUAUGAACCAUCGGCAAUAGCGUAUUUGGCCAGAGGACUUGCAGAGCAGCUCAAAUCGAGCAAGCGGUACGCAGAAGCAGGUGUGCUAUUGGCAGAAUAUUCGAAGGAUUCGGAGGAGGCCGUCUCAGUACUGCUGGAGGGACGUCUCUGGAAUGAGGCGAUCCGGACAGCGUAUCUAUAUAACCGUCAGGAUCUGAUGGCGACUCAUGUCAACCCCGGUAUUGCGGAUGGCCAUCAUGAUCUUAUGGAAUCGGUCCGUGAGAUGCAGGAGCAGUUUGACAAGCAGAUGAAGAGACUGAAGGAGGUCAGGGAUCUGAAGAUCGAGAAGGCGCUUGCUGAGGCAGCCGAGGAUAUGGUACCAGACGAUGCGCUGGACAAUGUGGAUAUGAUGUCGGAUACGACCUCGAUGGCUUCUGGAUUCAGUCGAUAUACUGCUGCCAACUCGGUUCUAUCCAAGUCUUCUGUAUCCUCUAGAUCUUCACAGCUGAAGAAGAGGCAGGACAAGAAACGUGCGCGGGGCAAGAAGGGCAGUGCAUAUGAAGAGGAGUACUUGAUCAACUCACUCCGAAAGCUGAUGUUGCGGGUGGAUAGUACCAAACCCGACGUUCACGCCCUCUUGCAGUGCCUGGCUGCAUCCAUGUCGCUUGAGCGCGCCAAGGUACUGCAGCAAGAGUUUGGAAAGUUGCUUCAGGACAUCGAUCAGCACAUGCACAUCAUCUUCGUACCCCCGACAGAAGAAUACAUGGCCAAGAAGAAGGCGGCUGAGGAUGCGAAAAAUGAGCGCAAGAAGUUGAUCAAGCAAAUCCAGACGAAUGCGCACCUGAUGUCACGCCACGACGAGGCGGUGGCCCAGGCGCAGAUCGCGCAGCUGGAGGAGAUUGCGGAGCAAGAGAUUGCGGAUAUCUAUGGCGAACCGCCCAUCAUGAGCAAGGAGAAUUGGGAUGUGGACUUGAUCUAG